UGGAGCCGUGCAAGUGGGGCAGAGUUGCGGGAGGAGGCGUCGAAAACAACGGGGAACAUUUCAAGACUCACUGUGCGUGCAAUCAGACGGGGAUUUUGCAACAUUUCGCAAGAGGACGAACCUCACUAUUAAGUUGUCGCACAGAGAGGAGGGAAGAACGAGUCCGCCUUUAUAGUGUUUUUGUAAGUUUUGGGGAAGUUGAAGUCCGGUUGCAGACAAGACGAGGAGUGAAUUACUCGCCAAUCGGUGGUCGGCAGCAAUGUCGCAGAAAGAAAGACCCAAGUUUUACCUGCAGGAAGUCAACAAAGCCAUAUGGGAAGUCCCGGAGCGCUACCAGAACUUGUCUCCGGUCGGCUCCGGCGCGUACGGAUCCGUCUGUUCUGCUUACGAUAUGAAGAGCGGCUUAAAAUUGGCCGUGAAGAAGCUCUCCAGACCUUUUCAGUCCAUCAUCCACGCCAAGCGCACCUAUAGGGAACUGCGCUUGUUGAAGCACAUGAAGCACGAAAAUGUAAUCGGCCUCUUGGACGUUUUCAGCCCCGCCACCUCUCUGAAGGAGUUCACAGAUGUGUAUCUUGUCACUCAUUUAAUGGGCGCAGACCUCAACAACAUCGUGAAAUGUCAAAAGCUGACAGACGACCAUGUGCAGUUCCUCAUAUACCAGAUCCUCAGAGGGUUGAAAUACAUCCAUUCGGCAGACAUCAUUCACAGAGAUCUAAAACCCAGCAACCUGGCAGUAAAUGAGGAUUGUGAGCUGAAGAUUCUGGACUUCGGCUUGGCGCGGCACACCAACGAUGAGAUGACCGGCUAUGUGGCCACCCGCUGGUACCGCGCCCCAGAGAUCAUGUUAAACUGGAUGCAUUACAACAUGACCGUGGAUAUUUGGUCGGUGGGCUGCAUCAUGGCAGAACUUCUCACAGGAAGAACUUUGUUCCCGGGAACGGACCAUAUUGAUCAGUUGAAGCUAAUCAUGCUGCUGGUCGGAACACCGGGACCCGAGCUGCUGAUGAAAAUGUCUUCAGAGGCUGCUAGGAACUACAUCAGCUCCUUGCCGCACAUGCCCAAGAGGAAUUUUGCUGACGUGUUUAUUGGCGCCAAUCCUCAAGCUGUCGACCUGCUGGAGAAAAUGCUGGUUCUGGACACCGACAAGCGGAUAACGGCAGCUGAGGCACUGGCCCACCCAUACUUUACACAAUAUCACGACCCAGACGACGAGCCCGAGGCGGAACGCUACGACCAGAGCUUUGAGAGCCGUGAGCUUGAGAUUGAAGAGUGGAAACGGUUGACCUACGAGGAGGUGUGCAGUUUCGAGCCGCCCAUCUUUGACGAGGAUGAUAUGGAGUAACGGGAGGUGCCUCCUACCAGUACACGCACCCCGUCUGACAAUUUGUACAUUUUGUGCAAUAGCCUUCCGGAUGAAAACAUUAAACCACUAAAGAUAGUAUCGUUUCACCUCGUCGGUGAAACAAGUUUGAUUUUCAUCUCAUCGGUUUUGUAAAAAUCACAUUGACACCGCUGUGAUACUUGGAUGCUGAAAAUCCUGGACCUCUAUUGCUGUGCCAUGUUGUGUUCUUGCAAGUAUUUUAUCAUUUUUUAAUAGAGGAAAUGUUUAUCUACUGCUUAGCAUGUGAAGCUGGAACAUCCACACUAGUGUUGCGACAGUUUUUUAUUCUACAUUUUCUGUUUGACCGUAAAUGUUGACAAUUUUUGCAAAUUCGAAGUUCGACAUGUCUAUCAUUUUAAAAUUCAGUGUAUAUCUUAAAAAGGGCUUCACACAAUGAGAGUAUGUCAAAUGUGCCAUAUUUAUAAUGAAUUUUGCCUCACUGUCCAUAACCUGUCCAAAUAUCUUAUAUAUGUAGUUUACUACUUUGUGUCAUAAUGGGGAAAUAGUACUGCUUGAAUGUGUAAGAGCUAUUUCAGAUCUAUUUAUACUAUGUGGAGGAUGUAUUUAUAAAUGAAAAACUCCCAUCUAUUUUCAGUCCAACAGAAUUACCACUUUGUGAUUUGAUAAGCAAAAUAAAAACUAUUUUUAAGA